UGGGUUUUUAUUCCCCUUACUGAACAAAAUCCGGGAGGUUUGUCAUCGUUCAGAUGGUUCAUCAUCUAACUCACGACUCCCCAAAUGCUGUUCAAGAACUCUUCCUUGAUAACCAGAAAAUUCCAACCAUUCGUCAUUUGCUGUCUCCGGACGCGGCCACGUCUCUUGCCGAGUAUGUGAAUCUAACGCAUUUGAGCCUGAACAAUUGCGGUCUAGGAUCAUUAGAGGGGUUUCCAGAUUUACCGCAUCUUCAAAAGCUGGACCUGGGGGACAACAAAAUAUCGGGUGAACUAGAGGCAUUGAGCAACCUUCCCAGCCUUGAAUUUUUGGAUUUGAGCAACAACCGUCUGGAUAGCAUAGCUUCCUUGCAACCCUUGCUACAUCUACCGUCCCUCCGUCACUUGAAUUUGCUUGAAUGUGAUGUUACGAAAUCGAGCGGGUAUCCCCAAUCUGUCUUCACGUUGCUUCCCCACCUCGUCUCAUUGGAUGACAAAGACCGUAACGGGAACGAAGUAGACACAUACAGCGAGGAAGAUGACGAGGAAGAAGAGGAAGAACCUGAUUUGGAAGAAGAAGAUAUUUUUGAAGAAUUUGAUGAGGGAGCAGGUCCUGAGGAUGAUUUUGACGAACUUGAGGAGCAAGUUCAGGAACCUACAGAGGCAGACUUUGACGAGGAUGAGGAUGACGACAAUGAUGACGAGGGUGAGGCUGAGGGUGAUGAUGAUGUUGAAGGUGACGAAGAUGAAGAUCUUGAUGAUGAAGACGAAGUAGAUGAUGAUGAUGAUGGGGACGAUGACGAUGAUGGAGAGCAGGGGGAGCAAGACGGUGAUGACGAGACGGGAUACCCAGAUAGAGGCGGAAAAGGACUACCAAGCUCGACAAUUCACGCGCUUGACACGGACGACGACGAUGGUAUAGGCAAUGAAGAGACAAACGAAGGAGUUUUUGGGGACGAUUUUGGGGAUGAGUUUUCAGGCAUCGGUCUAGAAGCUGAUUUAUCAUAUCUUACCAAUCAAAAUACCACGGAAACAGGGGAAGAAGCGUUAAAUCUGAACGAUUUUGGGGAAGCGUCGGGGGAUGAAAGGGGGGAGUCUGACGAGGACGACAGGAUUGCGCAAACUACUCCAGGGUAUGUUCCGCAGGGUCAUAAACGAAAGCGGAAUAUUGGAGAAGAGUUUGGGCUUGGGUUGGAUAACUUUAUGGAUAACAAUGGCGAUCAGCUUGGAGAUUUUGUGAAUGAUUGGGAAGAAGGAGAAGAUCCUGCCUUCAAAAAAAUAAAAUAAAUUGAAUAUCUCAGCGUCUGUGGACGCGACAAUAAGGGUUGUUACACCCUUUUUGCUUUGGAUAGUGUAAAUCCUGCCCCAAAGAUUGACAGUCGAUAAUCUGUUGCACCGUCAGAACGUCGGUUUAGAUUUAGGCAGAUUACAAAAUGCUAGUCAUUGUAGGCGAACAGCUAUGGCGAUUUUUGACAAGAAAACUAGAAAAGGCUCGAUCCCUAAUUCACAAUGAUAGCCAUCAAAGGCACAUCAACGAGCAAUACAGAAAUUUAACGCCAA